CGCAUGGACACAAGUGUACUGUGCCCUCACUCUGCGCGCAUCCGAGGCUGUGCACUGCAGCCUCAGCUGUGCAGUACAGCCUCUUCUGAUCUGCCUCUGUGCCUCACCUUCUGCGAGGCUGGCGACAUCAAGCUCUGGGGAGCGAGGCUCAAUGAUGGUGUGUCGCAGUGGGCCUGCGUGUCGUCAGGCGGGUGUUGGGACGGCAGCAGUGUGGCGCAGUGUGGCGUGUGGUCCUGGUGUGGCACACUCAUCGCUGUGGCACACCAGAGGCUUGUGUCGGUGUGGCGGCCUGACCCACUCAAGCGAUGCUUCGCCCUCUCCCAUGAGCAGCUGCAAGAGCCGCUCACUGAUAUGUGCUUCAGUUGGCUGCCGGGCGGCGGCGCGUGUGUGGUGGAGUGUCGCCCCAGCGCCGUGUCGAGCUGGUGUCUGCGCUCACGACAGCUGCUGUACAUGGCGCCCCUAGCCGCCCUCGCCGUGGCUUACGACCCCAACACGGCCCUCCUCGCCGUGGCCACCCACGACAACCAGGUCAUCCUGUACCGUGGGGGUGAGCUGGUGCCGCUGAGGCUCUACGACAUCGGCAGCAGCGCCGCCUUCAGGCUGCUCUUCCUCCCCGCCGCCAGCACACCGCUCCUCAGCUCCUACACGCGCCUCUUCUUCUUCACGUUCUCGCUGGAGUUAAUGAGCUUCCCUAUCUACACUUGCGACAAGGACCUGGCCUCCUCAGAGCUGCUGUGCCCGCACCCGCAGGAGCAGGAGGAGCGUCCCACGCUGGGGUUGAGUCUCCUGCUGGCCGAGAAGACCUCCGUGGACGCCCCUGCACAGAACCUCUUCUCGUUCAGAGUCGCCGACGGCAGCGCUGCCUUGCGCCAGACUUGCAUUGUCGAGGAUUUCGAGGACAGCUGUGAUGUGAUGUCUCAACUUUCCAAACUCGUGCUCGACUUUGGCAAGAAAACUGAACUCACAGCUACGGGCGCCGCGAGAUGACUGCUGUGACGCUAAUACAAAGUCUUGCUGAUA